AGUGUCCACAAUAGCAGGUUUCACUGUAUAUCAAUUUUCUCUUAUUUUUUACAUUUGUAUAUGAAAAUUCUUUUUCAAAAUCUGUACAUGUAGUAAUGAAAACUAUACAUGUAGCAUGCGUCUAAUGAAAAGUCCUGCUUUAUUUUUUAAUUAGCAUACCAAUAGCUUAUUAUCAAAUUGAAGUUUGUGCCCUAACUAUUUAAGCAAGUGCAUGCAUACGUGCUCAUAUAUUUAUUAUUAUUUUGCUAUUGGCAGGUGCUGCGUGUAUAAUUAUAGUGGAUUUGUUAUUUUUGAUGAACAGGCUAAAUAUUCUAUAUUGAAUUACAAUAUUUAAUGACUUAAAUAUUUAUGAUCGUAAUUUGGUCUGAGUUCCAAAUUACAAUUAUGAGUAGAAUUUGUGUGUAGGAUGCAAUCAGCUAUGAAUAUAUCAUUACAGUUACUAUAGAGCCUUAGGAGAAAAACUACUGCUGCCAUUUCUACCACAACUUGAGGAGAAAGAAGAUAUCAUUAAGAAGGGAUAAGGCUCUGGUCCAGUAUGUCUGUAGUGGAUAUAGACUCAGAGGUUUCUACCAUAGUCCAGCACAUUGAGACAGUUCGAGUACAAAAGAGAGAGAGGCUCAGAAACCUUGACUUCUUUUGUCUAGAUAACUCCAUCAGGGAGAGCACUGUGGGCCAACUACGUAGUCACACUCUACAGAACAAGAUUGAUAUUCUGCAUCAGGUGAGAAAGUGUGGCAUCAAGGAUAUCAUUGUAGCCACUUUUGCUCAUUUAACACGUGUCGAUGAUGAUUUUGUGGAACAUCUCCGGAAGGAAAAGGAGGAUUUUAGUCACUUUUACUCAUUCUCUGAAGUCAGUGAGGGAUUUGUGAAAGGGACUGGCGUUUACGACACAGAGAGAGUCCCUGUUGGACUCCAGAAGAACAAGAAGUACGGGCUCAUUAAUACGAUAUUUGAAGUCGAUCUUGCUGAUAGCUCCUGCAACUGGGACAAGUUUACCGUAUCUGACAUGUGCAACCUCUUAGUAAAGUGGAUGAACUACGUCUUUGAUGAGAUAUCUCCGGACGGUAAAGUCCUGCUCAACUUUCGUGACUUCCCGAUUGCCAUGUCAAAGUAUCCCAAAAGGGCCCUCUUGAUCGUCCGGUUCCUCUCUUCUCUUCCUAAAGGUCGUAGGAUGUUUGGUCUCCUAUUCGAGGAUCCAAUGGGCGAGUACCUACCAGAGGAACUGGAAGCAUGGACGACCAGUGUGCGUAGGAUAAUGGUCUCCUGUGGUUGGCCUGAGGGUAGACUCUUGGUUCACAUACAUCAGAAGUGGGACCUCCAGACUGCGUCCCAGCUGGAUUGUCUUGGAGCCGGAGCCGAUGGCGUUUGGGCUAGCCUCUGUGAAGAGGGAGCGGCUCUUGGUCAUGCCUCUUCAGCAGUGACGAUGAUGAAUCUUGUUAGACUUGGCAACACAAAGAUACUCCAAAAGUAUAAUUGUACUCAGCUUCGUAAUGCAGCUAUGGCUGUCACUAAACUAACAACUGGUAAGCCUCCUCAUCCUAAACAGGUUGUUUAUGGGGAAAGAGCGGUCGAUUUGGUCCUCGGGUCUGCUGGAGUGGGCGACUUUGAUCUUGCCGAGUUCUUUGGGGUUGAGACUCCAAACAGGAUAACAACACUAGCUACGGUUGAGAUGAUAAAGGACAGAUUGGUUAAUCUUUUUGGAGACCAUGAGCAAUUCAACGAUGAGUUGUGUAGCAAAAUGAAAGAGCAAAUGCUCCUUGAUCUUCGCUCUGGUAAGAAGGAGGAGUAUCACAGUCCAGCUGGUAUUGCUCUCCUGUUUGAUAAAGCAGGUGGCAAGAUGACACCUGAAAUGGGCAAAGUGGUAGCUAAUCUUAACGACAAUUUAGCUCAUCAUCAAGGCCUUAUUGAUGAGAUAAGGAAAGAAUGGGAUCACUGGGAUGAUCAAGAAGAAGGCAUUGACAAGGGAGAUGGGAUGCUUCUCUUUGACUCAUUCUAUCAUGGCUUCAUGGCCCCUUACUUUGGCUGCUAUAGGUGUGAUAGAACAAAGAAGGCAAUGAAAGCCCUUGAUAUGGAUCAGGAUGGAUAUGUUGAUUGGUACGAGUUUCUUGUGUAUAUCAAGUGGGCCUUGUGCCAAUAUCCAGAGACUACUGACCCUGAUGUACUGCUGUCUAUUGCAUUUGAAGAGGGGCUCAUUCCUGCUAUGAGAGAUGAAAAGAUUAUAAAGGAAAGGCUUUAAUAGAAACUUCGUGAUGUAUACACUGAACUCUUUUGAAAUUUCAGGACUCUAAUAUGUUUUUGUUAUUCUUAAUUAUUUUUUCCUGUAAAACCUUUAACAACAGUAAUAAUUCUAGCAACAAGUCAAUAACAA